GCGUGGGCGUGUUUGGGAGCUGCAGGUGUGUCCAGGUGUGGGUUCGUUGGGUCAGCAGAGGAUUUAACGGGACUUUGUGUCGGUUUGAGUUGUUUUUAAAGGAGGAUGAAGACGCUGGUGGUGUUCCUGCUCCUCAUGAACGUUUCCCAGCAUGCCUCAGCUGUGGAGUCGUAUGAGGAGGACUCGCUCACCCUGCCCUGUAAGUUUCCCACAGAGAGAUUGUUUGACCCCUCAGUGGUGUGGAGUCGCUCCGACCUCAGUCCUCCAACCGUCCACCAGCGUCAGCGUCAAGGAGACGAACUGAAAGAUCAAAACCAGCGUUACAGCGGCCGAACAUCCAUGAAGACUGACGCUCUGAAAACUGGAGACCUCAGCCUGAACCUGACCAACCUCCAACUGUCUGACAGCGCCACCUACACCUGCUCCAUCAGAGAAUUUGGACGUGAACUGAGUCGGAGUGAUGUACAGCUGCAGGUCAAAGAACAGUUUCCAUCCUGGGCCAAAGCUCUCCUGGUUCUCCUGGUUCUUGUUCUUGUGGUUUCUGGAGGUCUCAUAUAUUAUUUCCGUCAGUAUUUCAUGUCAGUCCCCUGGGUGGGGGUGGAUUCAGGGGUGGAGUCUGUCCAGCUGAUCUAUGAGAUUUUAUUGGCUGUUAGUGAGCCAAUCAAGAACAUUCAGACCAAUCAGGAGACUGUGGGGGAGGGAUGUGGAGGUGACCUUGUGGGAUUUAGCCACGAGCUGUAA